GUGUGCGAGAGAGUGUGCACAGGGGAGGAGGGCACCAAUCCUCCCAAACUCCUACACAAGCGCUUCCAACACCUAAUCAUUAAAACACACACACACACGCACCCUAUCUCCACGGAUACUAAGCUUACACACAACACGUCCACCAUAGCCGAAGCCUCGGGCUUGAACAUCAUCACACACCACGCGUUUUUCCGUGGAAUGAGCAUUCCAUGCAGCAUCUUAGGUAUGAAUGACGUGGCCUGGCAGGAGACGCGAGGCGGGAUGCUGCACACAAAUGGUGCGCCAGAGACCGGAGGAGUCAGAGUCCAUGCUGGGGGUUCACUAGCCACAUUGGGAGGUGCUGGGCAGGGACCUGGAGGAGCUCACCCUCUGCCAGGUAUGGAUCGGGUGGCAAAUCCCAAUCCUGGCACCCCUCAGCCUCCACUGAGCGGUCGUUCCCAAGAUGAUGCCACUGUGGGCUAUUUUUUUCAAAGGCAGCCUGGGGAGCAGUUGGGUGGCUGCACUGCAAGCAAACACCGCUGGCCCACUGGUGAUGGAAACCAUGUUGACCAGGUGCGCUCUGUGGAUGAGAUGAAUUAUGAUUUUCAAGCCUUGGCUCUGGAGUCUCGUGGAAUGGGUGAGCUUCUUCCUGCAAAAAAAUUGUGGGAAUCAGAUGAAUUGGCAAAAGAUGCACGUAAAGGGAUGUUGCUGGGUGAAGAAUGGAGAGAGAAUGCCUGGGGUUCUUCCCAUCAUUCUGUCUCUCAGCCCAUUAUGGUGCAAAGACGUCCAGGCCAGAGCUACAAUGGGAACGGAGAUGCAAGCUCGGUACUGUCCCCACGCUCAGAGGGGGGUGGUCUGGGUGUGAGUAUGGUGGAGUAUGUCCUCAGCUCUUCACCUGGAGACAAGAUGGAUGGUCGCUACAGAAACGGAGGCUAUGGUGGAGCAGAUGCAGCUCUAGAUGGCAGGGAGAAAGGUGAUUCAAAAGAAAAGGCUUCUCAAUUUGAAGAAGACAAAAGUCCUGAGAUGAAAGGCGGAGAUGAAGGGGAUGCCUCAAAAGCAAAUUCCAGAGGAUUGCUGAAUGGGAUGGAUCGCGACUGUAAAGACUUCAAUCCUACCCCAGGUAGUCGCCAGGCGUCCCCCACAGAGGCAGUAGAACGGAUGGGGCCCAGUCAGGCCGGGUUGGAAAUGAUGGCACAGCACCACCCGCAUGUUCUGCAGCCACCCAACCCUGUCACAAACAAACCUCCCACUGAGGACUUCCAGAGCCAGGAAGCCCAGAGCAUGGGUGGCAUGGAGCACCAGGCGGGCAUGGAGUCACUUCAAUUUGACUAUGCUGGGAACCAGAUCCAGGUGGACUCAUCUGGUGCUCCAGUCGGCCUGUUUGACUAUAACUCCCAACAGCAGUUGUUCCAGAGAUCCAGUCAUCUCACAGUUCAGCAGUUGACCGCAGCACAGCAGCAACAGUACGCCCUUGCUGCAGCCCAACAGCAACACCUUGGCCUUGCACCUGCAUUUGUGCCAAACCCUUACAUCAUCAAUGCUGCCCCUCCUGGAGCAGACCCUUACACUGCUGCAGGAUUGGCAGCAGCUGCCACACUUGCAGGUCCAGCUGUAGUCCCUCCUCAGUACUAUGGAGUCCCGUGGGGUGUAUAUCCGGCCAACCUCUUCCAACAACAGACUGCAGCUGCUGCCAGUCAUUCUGCCAACCAGCAGGCAUCCAAUCAGGGUCCAGGACUGGGACAACAGGUGAUACGUGCAGGGACCAAUCAGCGACCUUUGACCCCUGGCCAGAGCCAGCAGAGUCAGCAGGAAUCCCUUGCUGCAGCCGCUGCAAACCCAGCACUGGCCUUCACAGGCAUGACAGGUUACCAAGUUCUAGCACCAGCUGCUUACUAUGAUCCGACUGGAGCGCUGGUCAUGGGUCCUGGAGCUCGCACUGGCCUGGGUGGACCUGUCCGACUGGUCCAAACCCCUCUCCUCAUCAACCCAGCAGCUGCACAAGCUGCUGCAGCUGCAUCUGCAUCAGGCUCUGGUAACAGCAUGUCUGGUCCUGCUAACGGUCUCUACCGGUCCAUGGGGUGCCAACAACCCCAGCAGCCUCAACCUCAGCAGCAACCACCUCCACCCUCUAGUGGCCUGCCCUCCAACUCCUUCUAUGGCUCUAGUUCAGUGGCUCCCAACUCCCAGAGCAGCUCGCUAUUCUCUCAUACAAGCGCGGCACCUCCUAGCACCUCUCUGGGUUUCAGCAGCACUGGUGGAUCUCUAGGUGUUGGGCUGGGAUCUGCACUUGGUGCCUUUGGCUCAUCAGUAUCAGGUUCCACUAACAGCAGUGCAACCCGUCGGGACUCCCUUUUGGCCAGCUCUGACCUGUAUAAGCGUGGCGGUGGUAGCAGCUUGACGCCCAUUGGCCAAUCUUUUUACAACAGCCUAGGAUACUCUUCCUCCCCCAGCCCCAUUGGACUGACACCUGGUCACUCCCCUCUGACACCUCCACCCUCUUUGCCCUCCUCCCAUGGGUCUUCAUCCAGCCUCCAUCUGGGUGGUCUGACUAAUGGCAGUGGCCGUUAUAUUUCGGCUGCACCGGGAGCAGAAGCCAAAUAUAGGAGUUCGGGCAGUACCUCCAGUCUUUUCAGCUCUAGCAGUCAGCUCUUUCCCCCACCACGAGCCCGCUACAGCCGCUCCGAUGUUAUGCCUUCGGGACGUAGCCGCUUAUUAGAGGACUUUCGGAAUAAUCGUUUUCCCAACCUGCAGCUGCGAGAUCUGCCUGGUCACAUGGUGGAGUUCUCUCAAGACCAGCACGGAUCCAGGUUUAUUCAGCAAAAGUUGGAGCGUGCAACUCCUGCAGAGAGGCAGAUUGUGUUUGGGGAAAUCCUACAGGCUGCUUACCAACUCAUGACCGAUGUCUUUGGGAACUAUGUCAUACAGAAGUUCUUUGAGUUCGGCAGUGUGGAUCAGAAACUGGCACUUGCGACUCGUAUCCGUGGCCAUGUGUUGCCACUGGCUCUGCAGAUGUAUGGUUGUCGUGUUAUUCAAAAAGCUCUGGAAUCCAUCUCUUCUGACCAGCAGGUAAUUAGUGACAUUGUACGGGAGUUGGAUGGCCAUGUGCUGAAAUGUGUGAAGGAUCAGAAUGGAAAUCAUGUGGUGCAGAAAUGCAUUGAAUGUGUCCAGCCCCAGGCUCUUCAGUUCAUCAUUGAUGCCUUCCAGGGACAGGUGUUUGUUUUGUCCACUCAUCCGUAUGGCUGCAGGGUGAUCCAGCGUAUCCUAGAGCAUUGUACACAGGAGCAGACCCUGCCCAUCCUGGAAGAACUCCACCAGCACUCUGAGCAGCUGGGACAGAAGUAUCAAGGCGUUUCAUUGGAGAUGACCCCCAAAACAUAUUAUACAGUGUCCAGCGAUGCACUGUUCAAGGAUCAGUACGGUAACUACGUGAUCCAGCAUGUUUUAGAGCAUGGGCGUCCAGAAGACAAGAGCAAAAUAGUGGCGGAGGUCAGAGGGAAGGUUCUAGCUCUGAGUCAGCAUAAAUUUGCAAGUAAUGUUGUUGAGAAGUGUGUCAUUCAUUCAUCUCGUGCGGAGAGGGCCCUGCUGAUCGAUGAAGUCUGCUGUCAGAAAGAUGGCCCUCACAGUGCCCUCUACACCAUGAUGAAGGACCAGUAUGCAAAUUAUGUAGUGCAAAGAAUGAUUGACAUGGCAGAACCCGCCCAGCGCAAGAUCAUCAUGCACAAGAUUCGGCCCCAUAUUGCAACUCUCCGUAAAUACACAUAUGGAAAACACAUCCUGGCUAAGUUGGAGAAGUACUACAUGAAGAGUGGGUCAGACCUAGGCCCUAUUGGGGGCCCCACCAACGGCCUAAUGUAAGGGCCUCACACCCAAACCACACCCCUUUCCCUCAAAACCAUGUCUGUUAUGGGCAUCUCCUCCACCGUGGAGUUUAUACCCUUUAGGGGUUUUAACCAAAAACAUAAAAGGAAAAGGAUUCACCGAAGAAUGCCGAAACAUCUCACCAGUCCCUGGUGCAGUGCCCAUUAUUACCUCCACCACCCCCCACUAGAGAGUGCAUGGUCUGUAAGCGGUUUCCUGGGUAAAGCACAACACCUUUGUUUAUGAUGUAAUUGAUGUAACUGACGGUUUCCUUUUUUUCUUUUCUAGUAAAUAUCUUGUACAUUUUUACCUUGUACAUUCUCUGUAGAAAACAAAAUGUUUGCUGAAAAUUUAAAGUUCUUACAAUUUACACCAGCAAGUGACUUUAUAAGGCCAAACUGAGUGAUCCUUUUUAAUUACUUCGUCUUUUUAUUAUAUAUAUAUAUAUAUAUAUAUAUAUAUAUAUAUAUAUAUAUAUUUUUUUUUUUUUUUUUUAAUCCAUUUAAGAAGUGUGAUACAUUUAAGUCCUUUUUUAGCCCGAUGGUACACAUACCAGAGCUGCUGAUGAAAAAUAAUGAACCAGUCACCUUGAUCUUAAAAAAAAAUCUUUCUUGUAGAUGACCACUUCUGUCUGCCAUGCCAUUGACUUAGUUGUGUUAAGAUAUUCUAAACCAAUCAUAGAGCUUUGCUGCCUUUAAAUGGGAGUUGUAUCAUUCAGAAGUGGUUUGAAGUGUCUGCAAUUGCCAUCUUUCUUCUUACCCUCCCUCAUGUGCGAAUCUUAUUUGAGUAACUGCUCCGUUUUUUUUUUUUUUUUUUUUUUUUUUUUUUUCAUUUUAAGUGUGUGGUUGCAGUAUAGUAUAUGUCCCACUGACCAAGUCUGUUGCACGACUAUUGUCUUGGUUCACUAUUAUGUUUCGAAUGAAGUGUAAGGACACCAGUGCACCUGCUAUUUUACACAGCUAGUUAGAGUUAGACCGAUACCUGGAAUUUUUCCAUUUUGGGGUGUGUGGGAGGUAUGCAAUGCAUGCAGGGGGUGGGGAGAUUUGGCAUGCUGUGUCUGGAUUUAAUGGAAUGAUUUUUUUCUUUGUCAUCAUGUUUGUGGAACAUCUGUCUGUUGAGUAGUUUUUCUGACCACUGCCCUAAGAACGGUAUGGUUGUGUACGAAUUAUCAUCUCUUUACAUUGUAAUAGCUUAGGCAAAAUGUUUAGCUUUUUCAUGUGCAAGUACAAAUAUUAAAUUGUUGCUGUUUUUCGGGUGUGGGUGGAGAUGGCGCUUGAGUUUUAGAUGAUGCUCUCCUGGGCAAAGUGGAGAAGUUGGUAGGCGGCGUCCGUGUCCUUGGAGUCAUCCAAGGACGUUUGGCUUUGGAGCAAGUAAAAAAGAAAUGAUUUCAUAAACGUGAGACAUUGCAGGGUAGGAUCAAAUGUGCGGCAUUCAGUGGUGUAGAUUGAGAAUGUGCAAGAGUAUACUUUUCAGAGAAUGGACGUGGGGCUUCCGUCUUCUGCACAGUUUUUCUGUAUGGCUAAUAUAUUAAUUGCUUUUGUUCCUUUGCUUCAUAUGAAUAAAUGUAGAAUACAUGUAGUAUAUGUGGAGUUAUUAAGUGUAAGUUUAUUAGUUAAAUAGAAGAAAAAAAAUCUAGUUGUGAUGUUGGACAGGCCUUGCUAAAUUGCAUAGUGAUUUGCUUUUAUUUUGUCUGUACAGUUGUACAUUUGUAAACGUUAACGCUGUAAAUGGAAUGUCUUUUACACUUUUUGGGGAAGAAAAAUCAAAAAUGUGCAUUUUGAUGUGUGAAUAUUUAUCACUCCUUUCCCUUUGAAUAUAAUGUAUACAGUUUUCUUUGAACAAGCGUUAUUUUAAAGAAAAACUUUUUAUGCAUCACAAUCUCAAGAUGGUUUUGUUUAUAAUCAGUUCUUGGAAAAGGUCAGCCUCUUUAUGUACCUGGAACAGUGACACCUUCUGUUAACAGUCAUUUUGACAUGUGGCAGUUGAAUAAAAUAACUAAAAAAUUAUGAAUUAAAAAAAAAAAAAACAUGGGGCUGUCUUUGGUUCUACCUGCUACCAUGGAAAUUUCACAGGACAGGACAAGAAUUAUUUUUGUAUAAAGGAGUGCUGUAUUUUGGAGCAGCCACUAACUUGUAAGCAAAAUAAUUGUAAGAUAUUGUCAAUUAUAUAAAUAUGAACAUAUGAGUUUUGUCACACUGUUAAAGUCAUGUACAUUUUCAGGUGGCCUUAUGUACAUUUCCAGAUGUUAGAUGAGAAAAUAACUCUUUGUUUUGUUUUUUGGAAGCAGAAUUGUGACUAUGUAUGAUUAAACUGUUCUUCUAACAUUUGA